AUGCAAGAAAAAUAUCGACAAGUCAUAGAAAUUGAUUCGUCAUUGUCACACAAACUCUUGUUUGAUAUGUUUCCCUCAAACUGGGAUCCAUAUCAGACCACAUGCUGUUGUGAUGGUAUUAUGUGCAUUACUUUGUGUGAUCGUCUGCUUCUAUGGAACCCGAACAUUGAUGACUGUAAAAUGUUGUCGUUUCUUGAUCCUGGUGACGUUUUUCCUGCACGCAAAUGGGAAGCCUUUGGUUUCAGAUAUGUUUCUUCUACUGAUGAUUAUAAGAUUGUAAAUGUGCCUUCUUACGGGCCAGACCUACAAUCCAAGAACCGCAAUGUCUACAUAAUGACUCUAAAAUCAAAUUUGUGGAGGAAAAUUGGUAUCGACUUUCCGUACCUUGUCAGUGAACAUGGACACGCAAUCUCUACAGGUGAGAACUUGUAUUGGUUUGCUCUGUUUCCUCAAAUGGAGAAUAAAAGUGUGCUUAUCAGAUUUAAUUUGAACAAGGAAAUCUGUACACAACUGCCGAUGCCUCCCAACAUGGUCGUACUUCCACUCUCUGUCGAUCUAAGUUCGCUGGGAGUUUUAGCUGGUUGUAUUUACGCAGGCAGCCGUGACGCAAACAGGGACGAAGCCAGGAUUUUUUUUGGGGGGGUAAAAAAAAUUAUAACUACCAUUCAUAACUAUCAUAGAAAAUAA